UUUGUUCCCCUUGUAUCUAUUAUUCCCAUAUCAUAGGCACAGGACACAAAAAGUACUCAUGGUCAUCUUACUCUCGUAUAACUAAUCACCCUUCUCCAGACGACUUUCGACUCUUUUUUCCUUUCCCAAAUAAUCUGCAGGCCAGCUUCAAGAUGUGCAACGUGGUGUCGACUUUUAAUCGUACAUAGAUGAUUCCAUGGAAAACACAAAGCUUUGCGGAAGAACCAGAGUAAUAAAAGAGAUACUAAUACGCAUCGUUGCGCAGAUAUCGGUAGGACGGGACCGGAAUAUCUUCGACUUUUCCCUCCAGUCCUGCAGACUCAGAGUAGACGUUUACUCAAAGGAGGCCCGCUUGCACUCUAUAACGCUGCCUUUCUCAUAGCCUUCCAGGGCUUUUUCCUGCAGUUGGUUUUCUGGGGCACCUAUGCAGGCCUCGUCGGCUUUUCAAUGAAGCGCAUGAUGGACCUCCACUAUUUGUCUCUGACGUUCACAAUAACAUUUCUACUGCUCACCAUUCACUUUCUUUCCGACCUAGAACUGAACUCGAGCAAGUUGAUAUUCUCCACGCAGCAUGUUGGGAUCGAAUACCUCAUUGCUGUUCGAGUACUGCUGCCGUUAUCCUUUGUCCGACGGUGGAUUGGCUAUAUAUUUUUCGUCGUCUAGCUGUUGAUCGUGGGGGCGACUUGUGUGAUUGUUAGCAACCAUACCGUUUACUUUGCUAUUGCAAUGGCAAGC